UUAGCCCUUUGUAAUCCCAUCCUUGCCAGCUCUCCUCCCCCCAGGGGCGGGAAUACCAAAGGACCCCGGGAAGUAUAAAGUCAGCACAGCGAAGCGAGGGAGAGACAUUCGUGGUGCUCGCUUCAGAGGAUACAUCUCCCUAGGAAUUCAGGACCGUCUUUUUGGCACAGAGGGACUUGCUUUGAGCUCGUGGCGGAUUAGAACCCGUGACUAUUACAGCGCUGCCGUCCUCGUCGCGCAAAUGAUGCCGCUGUGUGGUCCCGAAGGAGCCUGUCGUCUCUUUGCGGUUUUGGUGGCCGCCUUCUGUUUCUCCAGCCGGGCUGGAGGGGUGGCAAAUGCCGCGCUCAGCGCUAAUAUGCAGCUCAGCUCUAAUGCCAUCAAGAACCUGCCGCCUGGCGGCGCUGUGGCGUCCGCGGGCUCCCCAGUCAGCGCGGCGCCGGGGAGCCAACAGCUGCUCAACGAUGGAGGCAACAAGCACCCAACCGGCGACUCACAACAGCCUUUUGCGUGCACCGGGGAUGAGGACUGCAAUGCCGACGAGUUCUGCUCCGCCCCAGCUCAGGGAGCGGGCAUCCCCGGAGGCCAAGUUUGUCUCGCCUGCCGCAGACGCCGCAAGCGCUGCCUCCGCGACGCCAUGUGCUGUCCAGGCAAUUACUGCAGUAAUGGAAUUUGUGUACCAUUGGACCAUAAUUUCAAUCCUGGGGAGAUUGAAGAAACUAUUGUAGAGAGCUUUGACCAUGGCACCUUGGACCCUCACCUGAAAAAGACGACGUCUUCAUCCCGGCUGCACCAUCUGAAAGGCCAAGAAGGUGCUAUAUGCCUACGGUCCUCAGACUGUGCCACAGGAUUGUGUUGUGCCCGUCACUUCUGGUCUAAGAUCUGCAAACCUGUCCUUAAGGAAGGCCAAGUGUGCACAAAACACCGCAAAAAAGGUUCUCAUGGCUUGGAGAUCUUCCAGCGAUGCUACUGUGGGGAUGGGUUGGCUUGUCGCCUACAAAGAGACCACACACUAAGCAACUCGGCUAACUCUUCCAGACUACAUACCUGCCAGAGACACUAGCUGCUAGUCUUUGCUAAUCCUGAUGGACUUGAGACUUUGUAAUGAGAUGCAAGACUUCUUUUCUAUGGAAGAUCACCUCUAAGGACUGACACAUUCUCAGAGUUUACACUAAAGUACUCUGGCAAACCUCCAUUUUCUGAAGCUGGAGUAUGAGGCAUGUUUCUUUAGGGAACUAUUUUUCAAGUGACUAAUUACAGUAAAUUACUGUGUCUGUAAAUUCUUGGGUGUGGCACUUAGCUGUACAUGAUCUGGGAUUUUAACUCUUCCUACAGUGCUGCAUGAUCUAUUCUAUGAUCUAGUCUAUUGGGACAUGUUUUGUACACACUGGUUCUUAUUAUAUUGAAUCCAAGACUUGUCUGUCUGCCAAGUGAAAUAAAUAGCUUUUAAGUAUA